UUGGUUUCAAGUCGUUCUUCCAAGUCUUUCUCUCGUGUUCCAGUUGCCGAUAACACUGCUGAUUCACGAGAACUUUCUAAUCUGAAACAAAAGAGUUCUGGGACUUGGAAUUCAAACGUUCUCAAAGAGUAUUCACUGAUUCCUUGUCCUGAACCUAUCCAAGCAAGUGAAAGAGUAGCAGAUUACAGGAAGGAGAGUAAUCUGCUUGUGUGUGAUGGAGGAUAA